CUUAUGUAUAGGUUGAAAGCAAAGUGCAUAUCAUACAGUCCAAGUUUUUCAUGGAAGUCUACGCUGAUGACGGUCUUAGGCCCAUUUACUUCAACCUAUUAAUAACACGGAAAGAAGUUUCUCAUAAUGGACUGGUCCAUUGUAAUCGAUAGAAGGUCGGUUGCUCGCCUAUUGUCUGCUGGAAAUCCCUCCAAUCGAUUGUUUUCCACAGUUAAGAAGGAAAUCGAAGCCAUAACUGUGUGUGUACACGCUUGUACAUGUACCUCGUAGUACAAUUGUAGUGUAGUUUGUUCUUUGGAAGGUUCAAAGUUAGAAAUAGCUUCGAACUAAUUAUUUUAACAGUCAUCGCAGCUCAUCCAAUACAGCGGGGACGCAGAAAGCUGUGCAAAACUGCCAAUGAAAUUUCUGCCGUUUGCCUCUUCUGGACGCGGUGAGUCUUGUGUCGGCGUAGCCUACUGAAAGAAUUGCGGAACUAGUAAAUUAAGCCCUUGACUAUGGCAACAGGAGGAGGUGGCAGAAACAAUCCCCGGCCUUUUCUCGAGGUCCCCGAGGAAGUCCAGGGUGUCAAGAGCAUUUCACCGCGUCGCCGGUUCAAGCUGUCCCCAGUCAAUCCGGCGUAUCGCCCCGACGAUGUCGUGUCCUCUCGCUACUCGGUUACCUCCAGUGACGAGGAGCGCGAAUCACCCUCUAGAGGUUGGCGCUCAGAGGGGGAGUAUGAUGAUUACAGAGGGCCCCUAUCGGACCUUCGAGCUGGACUAGAAGACGACUACCGCCGCCUAGAGGAGCUAGACGUACCCGCCUCCCUCCCACGGUACAAUGUGGACACCAUGAUACGCUACGAGCCCCUGGCUCCGCCUAAGCCCGCGCCUCACGAAGGCCGCUUCGCCACCAAAGUGGUUACCUUCUACCGGAACGGGGACAAGCAUUUCAAGGGGGUGACCCUGCCGGUCAACCAGCGCAACUUCCGGCUGUGGGACACUCUCCUGAAGUACCUGGGCGAGAAGAUACACCUGCCGUACGGCGUGCGGUACGUCUACAGCCUCGCCGGGGAGCAAAUCACCAGCGUCGCCGAGCUGGUGGACGGUCGGGCGUACGUCUGCGCCAGCGGUCAGUUCGCCAAGAACGUGCCGUACGGGAGGGUCCAGCACGCUGACAGGCCCUGGCUGAACCGUAAACCCAGCGGGGGUGUGCGCGGCUCGGACAGGGAGCUAUACCAGAACGAACCUUCAAGGCGCUGGCACGAGGCGAUGGAUCAGAUUUCGAACGAGCGCGAGCCCGUGCCGGCACUGGCGAACUAUGUGCCGCACAAUCCCAAUGUCAACUCCAUCCUGGCUAUCGAGUCGUCGUACGUUGGGUACGCUAAGCCCAAGAUGGUACUGAUUAUCAGCAACACCCAUAGAGCAAGCCGAGCUUCCAUUCUCCUCAACCCAAGAACAACGCAGAGCUUCGAGCAGGUGCUCCGAGACAUGACGCCGGCGAUCGUGAUGAGCAGCCCGCCUGUCAAACAGCUCUACACGUGGAGGACAGAGGAGCCGGUUCUGAGUUUCACACAGCUCUUUCGCGACUUCAAGGACCACGACAAAUUCAUCGCCUGCGGGCUCGAGCCGCUCAAGCGGACCAUCAACUUCAGCGAUUCCAGCACCGAGGCCGACUACGCGGACGGCAGAGGGCGCUUCAAGGGGUCCCUCAGCGACGGGGCAGUCCGGGAACGGGACGGGAGGUACGCCACGAUGCACAAGCGGAAGAUGAAUCGGAGAGCCAAGGAGAAAAGGAACGGCAUGGCGAGCAGCAUGGAGGUGUACAACGCAGAUGAAUCCAAUAGUCCACGGUCAUCUCUUGAUGACAGUCCGCGGUUACCACCCACGAAACCCCGCCGGGCCUUCGGCAGCAGCGACGGGUCUGACCCACCUGUCGACCGCCGCAAGCCUUACCGCCAAGCCGCUCAGAGUCACCCUCGAAGGCAAGAAGAGGUGCCAAUGGAGGUGGUCGAGCCACCUGGCAAGGGGUACAAUCUGAGACCGCGAAAGCAUGUCGUGCGGCACCAGGAAAUGGAGGUCGAUGCUGAUGAUGAACAGCAGGACAGCAGGGCGACGGACGGCCCGGGCCCUGGCGCCAGAGAACGGGGAAGGAAGAGGGGCAUAGGCGCGCCAGCCACGGUAGAAAUCCACGGGCAACUCAGACACUUCUUACCGCCGUCCGUCGUGGACCCUAGGAGCACCACGCGCUUGGGUUUGGCACUAAACAAACGCCUCAAACUGGAUUGGGUUUACGGAUAUCGUGGUUUCGACCACCGGAAUAACCUCUUCGUCCUCCCGUCCGGCGAGCUGCUCUACUACGUAGGGGCAGUAGGCGUGCUGUACGACAAAGACGCGGACAGACAGCGGCAUUAUACGGGUCAUAACGAGGACAUACAGAGCAUGGCUGUUCACCCAAACGGCACUCACGUCGCAACAGGGCAACUCGCCGGUCAGUUACCGGAACCAACGCCACGAGAUAUUGCCAUGUGCCAUUCGGCCCACAUUCGCGUCUGGGAGGUAGAGACACUCCACACGCACGCCAUCUUGGGACUGGAAUUCUUCGAUGCCGGAAUUGCUUGCCUCAGCUUCUCGAACGAGAAUAACGGUGAAUGGUUACUAGCGGUCGAACAGGGCACGGAUCACACGCUCAGCGUGUGGGAAUGGAACAACGAUUCGCUACUUGCCAAAUCGAAAGAAUACACCCUCCACGAUGCUGCCUCUGCACAGAUGGCUGGAACGGAUGCGGUAGUGGUAGGCACGUUCCAUCCCUUCGACGACAGCAUCAUCGUCACUGCCGGGAGACAGCACCUGUUCUUCUGGAGCCUUGUCCACCGGAAGAUUGUCCGUGACAAGAAGAGCGGCAACUUUGAUAGUCAGCGGCCGUCCUACGUGACUUGCUUAGAAUUCUCCCACACGGGUGACGUGAUAACCGGUGACUCGUCCGGUAACAUCACCAUCUGGGAAAAAGACAACGAAAACGUGUUCCGUUCCCGGCACUGCAUACAGCAUGCGCACGAGCGCAGCGUUUUCGCACUGUGCAUGCUCGAGGACGGUACCUUGCUGUCUGGAGGUGGACUGGACAGGAGGCUACAGGCCUGGGACUCGCUGCAAGGCUACUCAUCGGCCAACAUCGAAAGACUUUUCACGGAGAGCGCUGGCGGUAUUCGAGCCAUCGUGCCCCUCAAUCCAGGCAGUCCAGACGGUCGCAUCAUCCUCGGAACCACCCACAACCACAUCAUGGAAGGGUCGCUGCAAACUAAAUUCGUCUACGUAUUACAGAGUCAUUGUCAAGAGUUAUGGGCAGUGGCGGGGCAUCCAAACGAGCAGGCCUUCGCCACGGCAGGCUACGAUAAGUAUGUCAUGCUAUGGCAAGCCGACUCGCACAAAUUGCUCUGGAAGUCAGAAGUUGAGAAACCGUGCGUGUCAUGCGCCUUCAAUUCCUCCGCCUCGGUGCUUGCCGUGGGCACCACGGUGGGUCGCUUCACAGUGCUGAAUGCCUAUGAUGGUAUGCACAUCACGUCGGUGCAGGCCGGCAGUGGGCAGUUGAACGCGGUCCAGUAUUCGCCUGAUGGUGGCCUGCUGGUGCUUGGGUCACACGACCACAAGAUCUACCUAUACACGGUCCUGGAUGACGGACAAGUUUACCGCAAAGCUGGGUUUCUCCAGGGUCACGCCAACUACGUGACGCAGCUCGAUUGGUCAGUAGACGGCAGCUACCUGCAGAGUGUGUCAGGGAACUACGAUCUUAGAUUCUGGGAUGUCACCCAGAUGAGGAAGGAAAAGGCAGAGGCCGUCAGGGAUGUGGUCUGGCAGACACAAACAUGCGCGCUGGGAUAUCCUGUUUACGGGAUAUGGCCGGCAAGGGAGAAGGAUGUUGACGUUAACUCAGUGGACCGUUCGCGAACCGGCAGCCUACUCGCCACAGGAGACAGUCUUGGCUGGCUGUCCCUGUACAGAUAUCCCUGCACGUCAACUAAAGCCGUGUCGCAUGACGUCAAGAGCCACAGUGCUCACGUGACCGCUGUCAGGUUUCUUGCCAACGACAGCUACCUCGUGUCGGCCGGCGGAGCUGACGCAGCGCUCAUGCAGUGGUCCAUCGUUGGCACGGGCAACCAGUGGGCGCGGGAGGGCGCUCUUAGCUAAUUUCUGGGGUUGUCCAUUGGUUAUCUCUUCGUCAGGCUUCAUGACGUAAGGAGCUAAUGAUAGCUACGACCCCAACAUUAAGUAAUCUGAGUCAACGGUCAAAAACACGGCACUCCGUGGAUUUUUUUAUGGUGAAAAUUGAGGUGGCAUCAAAAACGUGAGCCUAGAGCUACAUUUGAAAUGCGUUACAUACCCUGUUAUUGAUUUUCUAAUUGAAAGACACCACAAGAAUGUUACUGAAGUGGUUCUUUGCAACAUCUCACAUUAGGGGUAUAGUUGGUCUGUCCCAUUAAUGCUUUUGUCAGCUGAUUGAAAGAAAUUACACGUAUACAUGACUUACACACAGUGAUUCUGCAGAUGGUAGAGUUUUUUUUAAUAUCACUGCUGAUAUAGCCGUAGCAUAGCAGCAGAGAGGAGAUCUAAAGAACAUGCUUCUGUGGUUGAACUAAGGAAAGUUAGAAAAAAAUAAGAGCACUGAAGGCAUAAUUAUGCGCCGCUGAAAGGUUGCGGAUUAUCGCUUUUUUGUGUGAAUGUUUUGUUGUGCGCACCAUAUUUAUCACGUCAUAGCUACAUCCAUGAUGCAGAUAAGAUGGUGGGCAAUUCUGUCGUUUUUAUUUUUUUUUCAUCAUGCAUGAAGUUUUUCGUGGUAUCCCACAAAAGGACUCCGAAAUCUGACUAACAAUGCACCUUUAUAUCAGAUGCUUGAAUGACGACCUAACAUUGUAAACAGCGCCCUCAGUCAAGGCAAUUUUUUUAACGGACGAUUGCAUCGGGUCUGUCAAAAAUGGAUAGCGCCCUCUACGUUUUCCAGUUAACAGGCCUCGUCAGGGUUUGACUUCAUGUCAGUCGGUGGCCUCGAAAUUGGUCCACCAAACACGAAGGCAUUUGCCAGUAAAAAUCUGUCCACCUCUCAUCGAUAACUGUGAUACAGAAUACUUCUUGUACAAAUGUCGUUUUGUAGGAAGGCAUUUGCAUAUCGUGUAAAAUGCGUUGCGUAUACAUCACAAUUAUUGUGGUAGUUAUUUAUUUUAGAGCGUAUUCUAUUUUUGCAAAGUUGAAAGAUUUAAAAGUUGAAAUACCGAAUUAUUUCUUGUCUUAAUUGGUGUACCGAAGGAUUCAAACAAUUAUUUAAAAAACCGUUAUAUAGAAAAUGUGCAAUAAUAAAACAACAUAGUAAUACACCGGAAUCAGAGAUCGGUGUCUCUUGUGUAAAAUAACACCAACAUUCUAAUACGGACGUUUACUUUAGCUGUUUUCGAUUGCCCUUAAAGGGAAAGCCUCAUUCCAAUGGAGUCGACA